AUGAUAGAACAGUCUAGACGCCGGUAUAUUUGUGGUAUUCUAAUACUUCUGGUCGUCGUCCUCAUUUGGGUCUCAUCUUCAUUUACAAUGAAUAGUAUAUUUGGCGACCAAAAAUAUAACAAGCCUUUUCUUGUCACUUAUAUCAAUACCACGACAUUUUCAUUCUAUCUUAUUCCUCUUUUGAUUUUCCGGAAAAAGAAACAAUACCAACCAGAGGAAAUAGACUUGGAAGACUCGGCGCGUCUUCUUGGAGACCACGAGUCUGAAGACAACCAAGAAUUCAUCAAACCUCAGAAUCCACCACAAAUACAACUCAAACUCUCGGAUAAGGAAACCAUAAAGCUUAGCUUAAUGUUUUGUUUACUCUGGUUUGGUGCCAAUUACACCAAUAAUGCUAGUUUGGCAUACACAAGUGUAGGCAGUAGCACAAUCCUAUCAUCCAUGUCAGGUCUAUUUACUCUCGUGAUAGGCGCAAUAUUUAAAGUAGAAAAAGUUACAUGGAUAAAAGUGGCUGCGAUUUGUAUUAGCUUUUCUGGUGUUGUUUUAGUAUCUUAUUCUGAUCAACUUGCAGAAGAGCAUGCCGAGCAUCCUUCUGCUCUAAUCGGUGAUCUCUUGUCGCUCAUGGGUGCUUUUUUCUAUGGAGCAUACACGACACUUCUUAAGCUUAAAAUUGGAGAUGAAUCAAGAAUCAACAUACCUUUGUUUUUUGGAUGUGUAGGACUUUUUAACUUUGCUCUGCUCUGGCCUCUCUUCCCAAUCUUUCAUUGGUUAAAAAUCGAGACUUUUCAACUACCUAUGAGCGGUAGCCUGUGGGCAAUGAUUGGGAUCAAUGCCUUUGUUGGCACCUUUUUAUCUGAUUAUUUGUGGAUAUUGGCUAUGUUUAUGACAUCUCCGUUGGUUGUCACAAUAGGUGUCUCAUUAACAAUUCCUCUUGCGUUGAUGGUGGAAAUCAUAUUUAAGCACCAUACACCAGCUAUUCAGUAUGCAAUUGGUGCUAUACUAGUCAUAGUAGGAUUCUUUAUUGUGAACUUGGCUACAUUAUCUCUGGUCAAAAAAGAAGAUAAAGAGUCAGCAGUAACAAACGAGAUACAAUAA